AUGACGCACCCCAAGGUACGGGAGACUUUUUUGGACGGACAAAAGCCCUUUGCUGCAUGUGAGUUUGGUCUAGAUCGUCGGUUGUCCAAGGCCGUAGCCAAGAUGCACUUUGUACAUGCGACACUAGUGCAAGUUCACUGCAUUCCAUUGGCGUUACUGGGCAAAGAUCUGCUCGUACGCGCUCGGACGGGCUCCGGCAAGACGGCAGCCUUUGCGCUGCCGUUAUUGCACAAGAUUUUGCAGCAUAAACAGGACGUACCUGCUAGUGACUCAGCCGUGCGUGCGCUCGUGUUGGUGCCUACGAAAGAGUUAGUGGAACAGACACGGCGUCAUAUGAUUGAGCUCAUGUAUUACUGCCAAGACACGGUGAGUCUACUGGCACUAGGCAGCCAGAGCAUGAACGCACAACAAGCACUGUUACGUGAUGCACCGGACGUGCUUGUGGCCACGCCGGGUCGCCUUGUAGCACACCUGGAAGCUGGCAACUUGACGCUCAAGGACUCGGUGCAGACGGUCGUUAUUGAUGAAGCUGAUCUUGUGCUGUCUUUUGGAUAUGGAGAAGACAUUCGUACCAUUUUUAAUGCACUGCCAAAGGCGUGUCAGACAUUCUGCAUGUCGGCAACAUUGAGUCCCGAGCUAGAGAAACUCAAACGCUCGGUGCUGCAUAACCCUGCGGUCGUGAAGCUCGAGGAGGGCGCUACAGACGGAAAACUCCAGCAGUUUUACUUGCCGGUGAAGGCUGUUGACAAAGAUCUGCUGCUGUACGCGUUGCUGCGACUUGGCGUGGUGAGCGGCAAGGUGAUUUUCUUUGUCAACACGACGGAUGCGGCGUACCGACUCAAGCUUUUCUUUGAACAAUUCGUGAUCAAGAGUGCAGUGCUAAAUGCCAAGUUGCCUCACAAUUCACGCCAGCAUAUUAUUGAGGAGUUCAAUCGUGGCCUCUUCGACUAUCUAAUCGCUACAGACGAUAGCGUGGAUCGCGACGAAGUUGGUGAUGAAGACGAGGACGAUGGUGACGAAGAAGAGGAUGAGGUUUUGAAGCAGAACGAAGAAGAGGAAAACGCAGAUAACUCGGACACGGAUUCAGACGCUGUGAAAGAGGACGUAGAAGAAGUAGAGAAUGAUGGGAGAGACAGCGACAAGGAAGAGAAUGCUGAUAGCGAGGAAGAUGACGAGGUCGUGGAAAGUGACAAGGGAGAGGCAGUUGAAAACGACAAUGCUGCUGACGACGACGAUGAGCAGCAGGAGAAAACGACGGUGAGCGCUAAGCGUGGACGAGCUGAUGACGAAGGUUACGGAGUGUCGCGCGGUGUUGACUUCCGUGGUGUUCAAUUUGUUAUCAACGUGGACCUUCCUAAAAGCGUGCGCGCGUACACCCACCGCAUCGGACGUACUGCUCGUGGGGGUGCCUCUGGUACGGCGCUGUCUCUUGUGUGCAAAGAAGACCCCAAAGAGGAGCGCGCGCUGAAGCGUGUGCAGGCAAAGCAGCAAGCUGUUCGCUCCGAGGCAAAUGACGUUAUUGCUCAGCCCGCUGAGCUAGCCUUUGAUCUGAAAGAAAUUGAUUGUUUUCGCUAUCGUGUGGAAGAUGUCCGUCGUGCUGUUACACGUGUGGCCGUGCGCGAGGCUCAGCUGGCUGAUAUCAAAAAGGAAAUGCUCAAUUCAGAGCGUCUGGCGGCAUAUUUUGAGGCAAACCCGCGUGAUUUGAAUGUGCUCGAGCACGACAAGGUGGUCGGCUCAGCACCAGUACAGCCUCACCUGGCGACUAUCCCGGACUACCUUGUUCCUCUCGAGUUGCAACCACCGGCACCAGCACGUACCAAGAAGAAAUCCAACAAGCGGCAGCGUCUCGCUGACGGCAAGCGCCGUACCGAUAACGACCCAUUGCACACGUUCGUGGCUCGUGAUGCUAGCGACGACAAGAAACAGACAGCGGAAGAUCGUAUCAGCUAUGGCAACAUCGGUGUGGGGAAGAGCACUGCUGGUCGUCAGAAGUGGAAAAAGCAGCACCGUAAGGGCCAUUUCAAUCCCAAAACGAUCGCGAAGAAGAAGUUCAGGAUGAGCAAGGGUGCCACUCAUUAA